UCUUUCUCAAGACAACCCUCAGCUCAGAAGCAGCCCUUGGAUUGAUGAUGGCGGCGGCGGCGGCGGAUGAGGACCAAGUUGAGAGUAACGUACUAGGCAACGAGGGAGAUGGACGGCGUCGUCUCGAGCGGAUCUCUGGCCGGAUGCGGUGGCACCCUCAGUUCAGAAUCAGCGACGGAGAUGGACGGAGUGGUGGGCCGAACCGUCAUCUGACUGGAUGGGGUGGGGCUACCACGUCGCGAGAAACGGAGGAGGCGAGCGAGGGAGAUGGACGCGGCCGUGCCGAACGGAUCUCUGGCCGGAUGCGGUGGAACCCCUCAGCUCGGAGGAACCCCUUUGUAGGGUUGACACGUUGCCGACGACGGCGGCGGCGGAGGACCAAGUUGCGAGUAACGGAGGAGGCAUACGGCGUCGUCCGAACAGAGUCUCUGACUGGAAUACGGUGGCAGCUCAUGUCCUUGAGUUGGAUCAUCGCCUCGACGAUCUUGCUCGACGUACGGAUCGCCGCCUGGGAAAACGCACCCAGGAUUCUGGGGAGGGUCUCUGCAGGCUCCCCCCUACUUCCCUCCUCCUCAACAACAAGGAGGACGACGACGACACCAUCAUCAGACAGGGAACAUCCAACCGAUGGUGCGUCUGGUGAUAUAGAAGCUGGCGCGACAGAGGCUGCACCAGAGGGAAAACUUCGGCUAAAGAUCUUGUUGCCGUUAGCAUUGGGUCUGAUCGCACUGGCUUCUGCGGUCCCUUUCGCCGUAAUGUCGGCUAAUAUUGGUGGAAGGAUGACACGGCUCUCUCAGGUACUGACGCUUAGCAUCGCGCUUGGCAUAGUGUUUCUCUGCUUAGUUAUCAUAUUCCUUCUAUACUUUUGGGACAUGCGUUGCCUCCACACCGCCACAUUCAUUUGUGUGAUGGUUACUUCAUUGUUCGUUGGAUUAGUGGUACUGGCAACUCUCGCGGCUUUGCGUCGUUUCUGAUCGCCGUCAGAAUAGAGCUGUGAGUGUGGCGACGGCCUCGAAUGAGGGUGUCGUGUUUAAAAUACUUUAAUGCGUAGACACUAGACUCACGACUUUAUGAUCCUAUAAGAUUGAUGGAAUUUUUGAUGUCUGUGUAUGAGCUUCUUUUACUUUUUU